GAUGAAGCAUCCUGUGUUUUCAUCGAACAUAAAGUACAUUUUCUGUUCAAAGCUACUGCAGACAGAAAUCUUACAAAGCCAAGCCUGCAGUGCACAUCAAGAAUUUGUUGCCGAACCCCAAAAAUCUCAAUCCCCAAUUUGGAAGUUGGGAUCGGAUCGCCAGAACUGAGAUUUCUUGGACCGAUUUGGGCUCCUUGUUUCCUUGAAAUUACGGGGGAUGCCACUCUCACUCAACUCGCUUUCCAUCUUUCGUCUCUAAUAAAUAUCAUCACAGUCUAAAAACCCUCUUUUUUUCUUCAAGCUUUGCCCAAAAACCACAGCUUCUGCUCACUUUUCCCGGCUGAUUUCGGCCGAAAGAUACGAUUUUCCCGGCGAAAUCCUGAUCUUUCCGACGGGCAAUGGCGGGGAAGGAGGCCCUGCCGGAGCACCUGCGGUGCAACCGAACCGACGGCCGGAGCUGGCGGUGCGGCCGCCCUGUCAAGGAAGGCAAGAAGCUCUGCGAAAUCCACUACCUGCAGGGGCUCCACCGGCAGCACAGGGAGAAGGUCCCCGAAUCCCUCAAAAUCCAGAGGCAGUACACCAAGAAAUUGAUGAAGAAGAGCAAAGACGGGCUGCAGAUUAGGGCUCAGAAGAUCGACAAGUCAGUGAAGCGGUCGGUGAAAUUGAAGAGGCGGAACCUGGCGAGGGAGCUGGUGAGGAUGGUGGUGACGAGGGAGGUGGAGAAGAGGAAGGAGACGGAGGAGGGCGGUGACGGGGACAUGAUGAGGCGAUUGCCCAAUGGCAUUAUGGUAAUCUCCCAGUCUCCUGCCCGGCCCAGUAGGAAUUCUUGCAAUGCUGGGACCUUUUUGGAUGUUAAGGUCGGGGCCAAUCCGGGAAUUGCUCCGAGGCGGAGGUUCCGGUCCAAGAACAUUGAGCCCGUGCCCAUUGGGUCAGUUCAGGUAUUGCCUUACAAGAGGAAUGGGGAGAGUGUGAAGAGGGGUGGUGGGAGGAAGAAGUGCCAUUGGUGCAAGAGCAGUGACUCAAGUAAUCUGAUCAAGUGUUCAAAUUGUCGAAAAGAGUUCUAUUGCAUGGAGUGCAUUAAAGAGAGGUAUUUUGAUACUCAGGAAGAAGUUAAGAUGCAAUGCCCAGUUUGUCGAAGAACUUGUAGCUGCAAGGCAUGUGUUGACGGCCAAUCUCAAGCCACUAGCUGUCAGGAACUUUCCGGUGAUGAAAGUAGAGCAGAUAGAAUUCUAAGCUUUCAUUACUUGAUCUGUGCACUUCUUCCCAUUCUGAAGCAAAUCAAUGAGGAGCAGAGCAUUGAACUCGAACUGGAGGCAGCAAUAAAAGGAUUGGAGAUCUCCGAACUGCAAGUCAACCACCAUGAAUUUAGCUCUGAGCCACCUACAUGCAAUAAUUGCAAAUCCUCAAUCGUGGAUCUCCAUAGAAGGUGCUCCAACUGUUCUUACAUCCUCUGCUUAAGCUGUUGGUGGGAUUUCUGUCAAAAGGUCUUUCCCGAAGGAAUGAAAGUGCUUCGAAAUGCAUGUGCUAAUAAGAGAAAAUCCUCUGUGCUUGAAUACAAGGAACUUAACGGUAUGAAAUUAAUACGUAAACAUGACCAAGAAAAUGGCUGCAAGGUCCUCACUUCUUGCCUGUCAUUAGCUUACUCAAAAGCUUGCAAUAGUGUUGGUGGGAUUUCUUGUCCAGUGAGUGAAUUUGGUGGCUGUGGAAAUGGUGUUUUCGAUUUGAGAUCUUCUUUCCCAGUGAAUUGGAUCAAAGAGCUUGAGAGCAAGGCCGAAGAGAUAGUCUGCAGUUAUGAUUUCCCAGAAGCCUUCAAUAGUGACUCUUGUUGCUCAAUAUGUGAUGGAGCGAAUUAUAGAGCCAGCUUAGAGCAUUUGCAACAGGCAGCCAUGAGGAAAUAUUCAAAUGAUAAUUUACUUUAUUACCCCUCUUCUUUGGAAGUUUGUGCCGAUAAAAGGGAGCAUUUUCAGAAGCAUUGGGGCAGAGGCCAUCCGGUAGUUGUUCAUGAUGUUCUUCAAAAGGCGUCUGAUUUGAGUUGGGAUCCUGUGGUCAUGUUCUACACUUACCUUGAGGGUAGCAUCGCCAAGCAUGAGGGCAACCAGGGAACACCUCCUUGCCUUGAGUGCUGUGAGGUAGAAAUCAGCAUAAAACAGUUUUUCUGGGGUCCUCUUAGAGGUCGGGCUCACCAGAACACAGGACAAGAGAUGCUGAAACUGAAGGCUUGGUUUGCAUCCCGAUAUUUCCGUGAACAAUUUCCUCGUCAUUAUUCCGAGAUUAUUCAUCAGUUGCCUCUUCAAGAGUACGUGAAUCCCGAAUCUGGCAUUUUAAAUCUUGCUUCAAAAUCACAACUUGAGACUCUGUCACCCGAGCUAGGUCCCUACGUCUAUAUCUCGUACAACAGCUCUGAGGAACAUAUGCGGGCACAUUGUGUGUUGAAGUUAGGUUACGAUCUAUAUGACACGGUUAAUAUUUUGGCGCAUACUACAGAUGAUCUGAUUUCCUCAGAGAAUCUCAAUAAAAUAAGAAAGCUGAUGAGAAAGCAUCAGGCUCAGAAUGAAAGGGAUCCAACAAGUACUCCUGAUGAUCAAUUCUCACGGAAUAAAGGGGAGCGAGAACCAUCCCCGUGUGCUGAAGAUUCUAGUGGACUCACAGAGAUGAGUAUAGAAGAAUUGCUUUUACAACACAAGAUUUCUCGAGUAUCUUGGGUUUCCUCGGAUGAAUUGCCAUCUCCAAGCUAUCAGAAUGGAUCUCUUUCACAAGAUCGGUCGCCUGUAUCCUAUACCAUUUCUGAGUCUGGGACCUUGAAGGCCAUCCAGAAUUCUGAAGAAUCUCCAGACAGAAACUUCUGCACAGAUGGAAAUGGAUAUCUCAAAAAGGAUUCAAGUAAAUAUUGUGGGGCCCAGUGGGACAUUUUCCGCAGAGAAGAUGUCCCAAAGCUUAUGGAGUACUUCCGGAGGCACUCCAGUGAGUUUGUCCUCCCAUUUGGGUCGGAAAAGAAUGCGGUCCAUCCGAUUCUUGAUCAGUGUUUCUUUCUGGACGAGGCCCACAAAACUAGGCUCAAGGAGGAAUUCAAAAUCGAACCUUGGACGGUUUUGCAGCAUGUUGGUGAGGCUGUUAUGGUUCCUCUAGGAUGCCCAUAUCAGAUUAGAAAUCUGAAGUCUUGUGUGAGUGUGGUGCUGCACUUUAUCUCCCCUGAAAGUGUGAAAGAGUGUAUACAUGUAAUGGAUGGAGUUCAUUGCCUUCCUGAUGAUCACGGUGCCAAAUUAAACAAGCUAGAGGUGAAGAGGAUGGCCUUGAAUAGUUUGAGGGGAGCGCUCAAGCAUGUUCGAGAGCUUACCUGUGGAAAGCAAGCGGCCAACUGAGAAGAACAAAGCAUUCCUUGGCCUUAAAACUGUGGAGCUGCAAUCAGUGUCUCCAGAGACCAAAAUCAGGAGCCUCGAACCGAACACUAAUAUCUUCUGACGCAUUCUUUCGGGAGCAUGCAGUAGGAUGGCUAAAAAAGUUUACUCACUUGGCAUGAUGUGAAUUCGGAAAUCAUGGAGAAGUUACUGUACGUGACUCUAGCGAUGCUCUUCUGCUUACUGCUUGAGUUAACCGUUCAUAGGAUCAGAAGUGUAAAUCUCAGUACAUUUAGUCCUUUAGGUUGAUUGGUGUCACAGGACUUUGCAAAACAAUAACUGAGCUGCUUACAUCGGUUAGCUGUAAAUACCAUGAGAUCUUCAACCAGCGAUUGUCUCAUAAAAAUUUUCUUAAUGCAAUUCUUUCAUAUUUCUCUUCCU